CGGCCUGACAGUCACGUCGAACGAAUAAUCGGAUCGAGUCGUAUCGUCGUAGUAGUCUGCGCACAGUGUCGACGAGAAUGGUGUCACCGAGCACGGCCAUAUCUCGGCUCAUCCCGAGCCUCCUGCUGGGAACCGUGAGAACGGCUCUGGAUUUUCCUUCCGAGCUCUCAAACUUCUACACCGGAGGCGAUCCGGAUCGAUGCGUCGGAAUCGAAGAACUGAUUCGAAGCAAGGGCUACCCUUUCGAACGCCACAAUGCGAUCACGAGUGACGGGUACAUCAUCGAGAUGCACCGGAUACCGCACGGCAAAGAACCCUGCAAGGACCCGUGCCACAGACAACCCAUCCUUCUCAUGAGCGGUCUACUGGGUGACUCGUCGAACUUCGUGCUGGACUUCCCGAAACAGUCACUCGGCUACGUUCUGGCGGACAACAAAUAUGACGUAUGGAUGGGAAACGUACGGGGUAAUACGCACGGAAAGCGCCACAAGAAAUACAACACACGUUCGCGAAGAUUUUGGAACUUUUCGUUCCACGAACAUUCAAAGUACGACCUGCCGGCCCAGAUCGACUACGUCCUCAAGAAGACCGGCAGAAAAGAUCUGCUGUACCUGGGCCUCUCCCAGGGCACGCUCAUGUUCUUCACCAUGAUGUCCGAGAAGCCGGAGUACAACGACAAAGUGAAGGCAUUUGCGGGCCUGGCUCCCUUCAACAAGCUGUCCCACAUGGAUGUCGAUGCCAUCGCUAUGCUGGUGCCCUUUUCCGAUCAUAUUAUGCGUAUGGCGGUCACCCUCGGCCGAUACGAGCUCAUGCCCCAGGGGUUCCCCUUGCUGCCGGUUGCAAGAACCUUCUGCGCAUUGCCCACCAGAGCAGUGUGUUCCUUCCUGGGCGACGGCUUGACCAACCUCGGCAGCAAGUACAUGAAUGAGUCUCGCAUUCCGGUGUACCUGUGCCACCUGCCUGCCGGGACUUCACUGAAGAACCUCGUCCACUUUUCGCAGCUUCUCAAGUCGAAGAAGGCAACCAAGUUCGACUAUGGCCCUGAUGAUAACAAAAUUUAUUAUGGUCAGGAGGAGCCCCCGGAAUACAAGAUAAGCAACGUGAAGACCGACGUGGGCAUAUUCUGGAGUCGCGGCGAUCAGUUUGUGCCGCCAGCCAACGUACGGGAGCUCAUUAAGGACCUCGGACCGCGGGUCAAGAAAAACCACUUCAUCGACGACCCCUACUACACACACCUGCACUUCGCGAUGGCACUGAACAACCCCAGAAUGUUGUAUAAGGACCUGCUCGAGUUCCUAGAUCAAUACGCGACGUCUUCGUAGGACUACGAGUCGUGGGAAUGCAUAGGUGUCUGACCGUGUUGCACUAAGCAGUGCCCCCGAAACUUUGCAUAGACCUACUCUUGGCAAUGCCUAUGCUAAAUAGUCAAUCACACACAACCUACCCCAUGCUUCUCAGUAGUUUUGCAAAUAAAUAUCAAGAGUGCAUACUUUGUUUACCACGUAGCAGGCAACGCUGCGAAUGCUACACAGACCUCAUUCACUGACCAAAAAAAAAAAAAAAACCGCUGACUCAUUCACUGACCAAAGACCAAAAUAGUGCGUCAGUAAUGAAAGAAAGGCACAGGCGUGCGUCAUGUAAUUCGAUGCAAAAUUAAAAUGUCUUAUACUUUUAUAUAGCAGAAUAUGUAGAAUUGUAUACAGGGUGUCGUAGAACUGAACCUAUUAACCGCCGAACAGGCGGAGUGACACGUUUCUGCCACGAGCGACCGCAGCGCACCACUUGUGCUCGCGACCAGAACAUAGAGCGUUCCAGACUAAAGCACGAAAGUGCGCCAAUAAUGCGUGAUUAGACGUACCCUUACGCCCACAAAUGACAAUUCUAAUGUAUGGAUUAGCUGUUCUGUAGAAAACAUCACACAAAAAGAACCACACUGCGAAACGCAGCUAGUACGCGUCAGAUAAGGGCAUUGCUUGCGUAGUUUCCGGAGCACUGUCUGUGAAAUAUGAAACGUAGUAUAAGUAAGUCUCACAGUUGUCCAAAAAAGCACAGUGAGAUUUCUGUUUGGGAAUUAUGUUGUAUCUAUAUGUUAAUGUUACCUGUGAUUUUUGUAGAUUGUAGUGUGCUGGUAUUCGGAAUGAAUACUUUUUUUCUGUAUAUAGCAGUCCAUAGAUAAAGUUAUGUGUGCAUUAGAUGCUUGUGCGUUGUUACUAUCGUGUAAAAGGGCAGCCACACCGCCAAGCUGUGGACCUGGGUUGCAUGUGGU